UGAGAAUCGUGUUUAUGAUUUCUGUCUGUUGGGUUCUUGUUCAUUCUUUUGAAUAUAUUUGCUUAUUGGGUGAAUAUGAACAGUUUUGUUGGAUCCUGGCAAUCAAUAUAAAUGCUCAUCCUCGAACGCCAGAGGAUAUUUCAUCAUUGAUUUAUAAUUCGUUAUAAAGUAUUAUAGAAGACAAGGCACUGGCAAAUUAGAGUGUGUGGUAAAACACUGCUGACAACAACAUAGAUACUUCUAUCUGAGAUUGUAUAAUCUUCGGAACAAUGAAAACGAUUAUGGAACAUUACAUGUCACAGGUUUUCAUCUCCCUUUGUCUUGGCUUUCAGGUUGGCGUUAAAGCUCUCUCAUUGGAACCGACGGAGUCAACUAUUUUCAAUGUGAAUGCAUAUUUCAGUGAGGAGAGGAUUGUUGAUUUUACGAUCAUCAUGUCAAACAGCACAUGGAUGGAGGCACAAAGCACCUGUCUCUCGAGGAACGGAUCCCUGUGGGGCGAAGAUAACACGGAUCUGUUCCUGUACAUACGAAUUCUUGCUCACCAAAAAACCUCCUGGCCUGAAGGCAGUCACAUUUGGUUGAACAGAGUACGGAAAGCAAACAGCACCGUAUGGACAAACGACAGGGAGUGUGGGACCGGCAGGUCCAUAACGGAACACGUGCAUGGCAACGACAUCAACUCUACUCAAUGUCUGGCCCUUAACAUGACGUCACCAAAUGACGUACAACAUCUUCUGUUUGCAGCACCCUGUGAAGAUCAAAUGAAGUUUGUCUGCAUCCUAUUCAAAGGCAACGUUUCUGAUAAUGAUGGUUAUGAUAUCUUUCCUGCACGUGUCUUGUAUCCUAGAAACCACACAUGGAGCUUACCUGGUAUUUCCAGAGAAAGUUGUCUUCGACUUCUGUUCUGGAAUUUUACAUGCUUUGCAGCCGAGUUUGAUGCUGAUUUCUCGAAAUGCUCAUUAUUUUGUCCACCAUUGCUGUUACUCCCAGAAUCCAUGGAGUUACAAUGGUCGACAUCCAAUAUAACAUCGGUUGUCAAGACUUCCUCAAACAUUUUUAUGGAGUUCGACAUUGAGAAUUCGCCAGCAGGGCACUUCCCUUGUGAAAACACUACAAUAAAUACCCCAGAACCUACUGGAGUCAGUACUGUUAGCAGUAGUCAACCAGUCACCCACUCCGAUACGGCGACACAGUUAGCUGAAGAAACCACAAUAUUUACAUCUAAGAUUUCUACAUCAACAGACUUUACCAUCGAAUAUGAGCUAUCUACUUCAGAGAAGUAUGACACCUCAAUAAAAACAACCAUAGGGCCCACGGCGGACAUCUCCCACACAAACGGGGAUACAGAAGUAUCCACCGAGGAACAUACAACUGUAAUUCCAACAACUUCAUUUGAAAAAACUACACUGCAACCAGCAAUUGGAAACAUAAAGUCUUUAACAACGAAUAUCAAUGAAGAUACUCCAAUUUCAUCGACAUACACCACAACAACUGCGGAAAGAACUGUCUCUACAACCUUGGACUCAACAGUUAGUCAAACCACUACAUCUACUUCGUCUGCUGAAACAACCACACAUUCAGUAACAUUCGUCAACACUGUGGCAGAUUUGCAGGAAUCCAUAACCUCGGCGACGACUACCACAAAUGCAAUCACAUCAGCAGUGGAGACCAGGGCACCUGCCACAGAUUCCAUGACCUCGCGCUCCUCUACAAAUAGUCCUCAAACAACAAAUCUAUUGUUUACAUCAAGGACGUGUGCACCUUGUGUGUGUAGUAACUAUACAGUAACUGAUAAAACAAACGAACAAAUUUUGAAGGAAAUUCUAGAAAUCAAGAAACAUCUUACGGUAAAAAAGUCGACACUGUCCUCGUACACCCGCCAGAAGAUAUCCGCCCCAGAUGGUCGCUGGUCGUCUGCGGCGCUGGGAUCCGUGGGGGUUGUGAUCAUUGUUUCAGCUUCCGUUUUGGUGAUACUGAGUGACAUUCAAUACGUUUCAAAAGCAAUAAAGGUGUGGAAGAAAAGGCUAGAACAAUACAGAUCAUCCAGGAAUCACGAACCUUGAAGAAAUGACACGUGAUUUUAGACCAACUGAAACAGACUUCUGCAAGUCAGAGUUGAGUUGACGUAUACUGUAAAACACGUGUUAUGUGUCUUAAGUUUUUCGAUAUUUAGUGAUUGUUGCAUUGUUAAUUGCUUUGCGUAAAAUUCCAAAAGCUGAUGUGAUAUUAUAAUUCCAGGAAUCUAAGCUUCUAAGGACAUACCUUGGUUUUAUUAAUACUCGUUGAAUACCAAUUUUGAGAAUUUCGUUUUUCAAAUUUAAAUGUUCACCAAAGUGCAAUAUCUGAUAUCAUAUUGGUAUAUGCUAUUGAUAGGAUGAUUGACAUGUCUUUAGAAAUUUCCUAUUCACAAAAUGCAUGAAAAAUAAUGCCUACGAAAAUCAAAUAAAACCACUGUGACAGUUCGAGCAAAUAGGCAGAGAAAUAGUUUUGGAAUUAACCUUUAUAUUCAGUACAAUAUAAUUUUCUACAAUUUUGAUAUGGGUGAUAUUCAUUUCUGAAAUAAAUAUGAUAAAUUUUCUUAC